GCGCGCGCGCCCGUUUGCCGUCCGCCAUAAUUUCCCGCCUAGCGUCAGCGCGAUUUCGAAUUCAGAAACGUUUGACAUUUCUUUUUUUUAGUGCAGUUCUGGUGUGGCCUGUGUUGUGCUGUGGUUAUGGUAAAUAUUUAAAAGAGGUGCAACAUAGUCAGUUAAGUGUAGUUCGAUAUUAUUGCGAUGACAUUUAGCAUAUCCUGUCCGUCAACACAGGACCCUCCAAGCUGAAAUGAAAGAAAGAAUAUUGAAUAAUACCUCACACAGUCGCCUCGAUCCCUUAAGAAGAGCAAAAUUAACAAGGUGCAGAAUGUCGGUGCGACGGUGGUAGAGGGUGGGAGGGCGGCGGGAAGGGCUAGCGCGCGCCCGUCCGCCGGCCGCCUGCCUCGCUUGCCGACGCGCUACUAUGCUUAUGGCAAGCGCCCUGUCCACUUUGCUCGCGGUGCUGUGUGGAGCAGUGGCGGGCGCAGGCGACGUGGUGGGGAACGCGAGCCGCGUGCGCCGCGCGCCGCAGCCGCACCACGCGCACCGCCUCAUGACGGACGAAGAAAUGGACGCCACAGCAGCGUGGAAGCGGUCGCACUGGCGCGAAAUGCAGUCAAUCCUGCGGCGGGAAGGCUCCCAGCGCGACGUCGUGGAGUGCUGCCCCUCGAUCCUCGAGAUGGUCGCCAAGAAAGGCGGCAGAACCCCCACCGGGCUCUACGUGGAAUAA